CACACUGGAAGCCUGCUGUGGGACUUAGAUAAGCUGAUUAACAGGAGUAAACUAUAAAAUGGUGUUUGCCUGACUCUCUCUAUAACUGUCUUACUCGCCUCUGUCGAUUAUAAGCCUCAAGACGAGAGGAAAUCAUCAGGUAUCACUUCAGGGCUUCAUAGGCUAUCUUGAAUAAUGCAGCAUGAAAAAAUGACUAGAGGACACACCUUCAUCUGUCUUCUGCCUUUACUGAUUGGGUAUUCAUCUCAGUCCUGUGAGAAGGAGACCGACUGCCCCAAAGACAACUGGGAUGUUUACGGCAAGGAAGUGACACAGAUCCCAGUAAGUCUGAAAGCAGGUGUCACAGAGGUCUUCUUUGUGGAAAGUAACAUCAUUGUCAUCCCAAAGGGGGCCUUCGCCACCAACCCGAGUCUGGAAAAGGUAGAGUUCAUCACCACCCCCAUCGUGUCCAUAGAGAACGGUGCUUUCGAGGGAUUGGUCGACCUCAAGCAUAUUGAGAUCUCCAGUACCCCGCUAACAUCCUUGUCUGUAGACGUCUUCCAAGACCUGCACAACCUGGAAAAACUUCUGCUGAAACUCAACAGGAUCCGUAGUCUGGAGAAAGGAUUGUUUGAUGGCCUUAAGAAACUGAGAGAACUCCAAUUACACAUAAACAAGAUUGACACCAUCGAGGAGGGGACAUUUGAUGACCUAGAAAACCUUCGGACCCUCCAUCUGGCCAAAAACCACCUCAGUUCUGUGUCCUCCGCCCUGUUCUCAAAGCUGCACAAACUGGAGGUACUGAGGCUCUAUGAGAACCAACUUACCGCCAUUCCUGACGAUAUAUUAGAAAAUCUUUCCAAUUUGAAGGAGAUCGCUCUACAGGGUAACAAAAUCACUUCAAUAUCAGCCAAUUUGUUCCCACAUAAAGACAAAUUAAACAAGAUACUUUUGGACAAUAACAUGUUGACUGAAUUGCCUCCAGAAAUAUUUGUGGGCUUUCCUCUGCUUAAAACAUUGACACUAAAUGGAAAUAAACUUGCAAGUCUACCUCCUGUCCUCUUUGGAGAGAUGCCCAAACUGACUGAGUUGAGUCUCAGUCGAAACAUGAUUACCAGCCUUCCUCAGGGAGUAUUUAGUCCUCUAAAGAAACUCAGGAAGUUGGAUCUGUCUAACAACCAAUUGUUCACCGUGUCUGAAGAGUCUUUUGAGGGCCUUGAGAAGCUAACAGAACUCAAUCUUCAAUACAACCACAUCAAAUCAUUGAAAGCAAACACCUUUGAAAAGCUGACAUCACUAACCACCCUUAGACUGGCUCAUAAUAGCCUGGGGACACUUCCAAAGGAUAUAUUUGACCCCUUACCAAAACUCAGCAAAGUCUAUUUAAACAACAACACUUGGGAUUGUGACUGCAGGAUGGUCCCCCUCUUCAAUUGGAUGAAGGCAAACCCUGGCAAGAUCAAGUCUAUGUCUCCUGAGAUCUGUAACCAGCCGGAAGAUUUAAAGGGACAAGAAAUCAUGUCUCUCAAAGAGGACCAGCUCAUAUGUCCUGUAUCUCCUCUGACCACCAUCGCUUCACUCACCACAACCACCACCACGACCACAGCAACCACGACAACCUAAACAACCACACCAUUGUAACCACCAUGCCCACUACUACAGUCACAACUACAGAGCCUACGACUACUCAGCCACCUACAACCACUUUGCCAACCACAAUGGCCACCACAACUGAAGCCACCACCCGAACUACAACCACCAUUGUGACCACCUCACUAAUUACCACAACUCUGAUACCCACCACCAGAGGGACAACCACAGCACUGACUA